AAAACAUCGUAUACUUCCGCCAUUGUCUAGCUGUGGGGAGCCUACACUCACCAAAUGGAUAGUGCCGGACUUUUCUAUCUGCUGAUGGUGUUGUGGUGCCUGAGAUUUCCUGUCCACGUAGAUGGCGAGACGUUAGAGGAAUAUUUAGAGAAAAGGAUGAAGGAUUUGGCACAAGCGUUAGAUGAAAACCGAAUUUCCAUCAAUGAAGCUAUCAUCAGACAGAGAUCCGCCUUGAAUUUGGUGCGCAAAAACGGAGAAAAAUACAAGAAGAAUCUGGAACAAGCGUUCCUUGGUCGCCAAUUAACGACCAAAAAAGCAAUCAGCAUCCGGAGUCCCGCCUUUGAGGCGGUUCGCGAGUCUAUAAAAAAAAGAAUGAACAAGUUAAAAGCCAAAAGUGAUGAGGCGGCUCGGCUGAAGGAAGCUGAAACCAAUGCGGCGGUCAACGGUUCGGAUGCGUCUCAGAACUCUUCUUUAAAUGGAGGAUGCGGUCCGGAUUCCAAUCUCAACUGUACCGACGGCUGUUGUGGGGAAGCCGGGGAAAUGUAUUGUUGUACCAGGAGCUACCUCGACAACAAACAGAAGGCGUAUGUAUUUAUAGCCCUAGUUAUCCUGAUCUUUGCUUGGCUGUCUUAUGAUGGAAAACCGCCGCCACCACCACCACCACCACCACGACGGCGGCUGCUGUUUAUGCUACGCCCACCACCGCCGCCGCCACCAGUGAACAUGCGCAGACGCACUACAGUCGGCAGCAGCUACAUCACCGGCAACAACACGGUCGCCGGUUAGCGCAGCAGCUCGGGGUGCGCACCAACACUACACGGCUAUUCACACUACUAAAACUACACGGCUAUUCACACAACAUAAACUACACGGCUAUUCACACUACUAAAACUACACGGCUAUCCACACAACAUAAACUACACAGCUAUUCACACAACUGAAACUACACAGCUAUUUACACAACUAAAACUACAAAGCUAUCCGCACAACAUAAACUACACAGCUAUUCACACAACUAAAACUACACGGUUAUUCACACAACAUAAACUACACGGCUAUCCGCACAACAUAAACUACACAGCUAUUCACACAACUAAAACUACACGGCUAUUCACACAACAUAAACUACACAGCUAUUCACACAACUAAAACUACACGGCUAUUCACACAACUAAAACUACACGGCUAUUCACACGAUUGAAACUACACAGCUAUCCGCACAACAAAAACUACACAGCUAUCCACACAACUAAAACUACACAGCCAUUCACACAACUAAAACAACACAGCUAUUCAUACAACUAAAAUUACACGGCUAUUCACACAACUAAAACUACACGGCUAUUCACACGAUUGAAACUACACAGCUAUCCACACAACUAAAACUACACAGCUAUCCGCACAACUAAAACAACACAGCUAUUCACACAACUAAAACAACACAGCUAUUCAUACAACUUAAACUACGCUGCUUCAAAAACGAUUAACCAACACAGCUAUUCACACAAGCAGUACUACCCAACUAUUCAAUACCUAAUACAACACAGCUAUUCACACAACUAAAACUACACGGUUAUCACACACACACAAAAAACAACUACACAGCCACUCACCCAACCAACACAUUACAACUACACAUUCAACACAUCCAUCGUACCACCCAAUCCACCCUAACCACACACUCAAGACCCUGUUCAAUUUUAGAUUUUUAGUAAACGUCAUUCGGGUUAACCUCAAAUCCAGCAUAGCGGUUUCUUUAAAUAUCAAACCACGCUCACCUCAGACCAACUUCCGCCUUUUAAACCACCCAGUCUAGCGAGAUUAGGCAUCGCACUAUGUUCACAACGAGGAGGAGGGGCGGGCAAUGGCGGGCGUAGAAACAUCUUUAACCUACCGGCCCUGAUAAACAUACCCUCAGGGGUCGUAAAGAUUGGUACAUGAAUUCACAAUUACAACAGGGAUGCGAAAAUAAAACAACAGAAAAUGUUGUUAAGUAAAAAUUAUUACUUUAGAGGAAAAGUUUCGAUAAACAUCAUACCUCAAAAAAAAAAAAAUGUUAACGAAGAUGUGCUACAACCCGCGGGCACAUAACCCGUGAUUAAGUGAACAUCAGGACUGGCCUGCCGCUAUAUGAGAAUACCAAACAUAUAAUUAUGUACAUCACUGUUUGAAAGGAGUUAGUCGAUGAGCACAUUUAAUAACCUAAGCUUUUUGUCAGUAUCGGUAUCGCCCAGCACAUUUAAUAUCAAACCCUUUUGUCAGUAUCGCUCAGCAUAUUUAAUACCGUCUUCUAGGGCCACAUACACUCCAUAUACUACACUCAACCCACCAUCUACUAUACCACGCCCACACUCCACCCACCAUCUACUAUACCACGCCCACACUUCGCCCACCAUCUAUUAUACCACGCCCACACUCCAUCCACCAUCUAUUAUAUCACGCCCACACUCCAUCCACCAUCUAUUAUAUCACGCCCACACUCCACCCACCAUCUAUUAUACCACGCCCACACUCCACCCACCAUCUACUACACCACGCCCACACUCCACCCACCAUCUACUACACUACGCCCUGAGUUUCAUGCCCUACCAGCUGCUGCGGUUCGCCUCAGUCUUUGACGGCCUGUACAGCGAUGCUGUCGAGGUCAAGGUCGAACAGGAAACGUCCUCCAGGGUACACACCUUCAUGCGUGUCACCUACCGACCUGUCACAG